GCACUUCUGCAGCGAAGCGGGCUCGUGAGAGCAGACCCAGGGAGCGCGGACCCGCCCGCCUCGGCUCCGCUCAGGGCGCAGAGCCCUGGACCCCUGCAGGAGUCCGGGGCUCGGGAAAGGCCAGCCAGCACCCUGAGCCUCCACUCACUGAGACCGAAGCUCCGCCCCGAGGCUGGGCUUCCCCGGCCCCGCCCCGGCAAUGGGGAGGGUCCCGGCGGAGGCGGCGGGGGAGGGUCAAGAUUUUGGAGAGGAAAAAGAGAGUGAUUUUUACUGUCAGUGCCACUGGAUUCCAUGGAUAUCCUGGCUGGACACCCGUAACACCUUCAGCGCUCACGUCUUUUAAAGAAGAUCCCUCCCUAAGUCUCCUGCACCGCAGGUUUGAGGGCGCAAAAGCUGCUCCUCCCGUCGGCGAGCUCCGGCCCGAAAGGACCCUGGACAACCACUGAACACUGGAUGCGAAAGCAGGAAGAGGAGCAGCAGGAGAGCGCCGCAGACCCGACCCCCAAAAGCGUACCCUGUGCGUCCCUAGGCACUACAGCACCUGCCGCUCCGCGCGGCCCCGCCCCGCUCGACCCCGUUCCCGCCCCGCCCCUGUCUCCGCCCCUGGCCUGCCCCGGCCCUGUCUCCCGCCCCGCCCUGCGCCACCCUGAACCAACGGCCUCGGUUGCAGAGAAGGGCGAGAUCGUCCGCGUGCAACAGCGCCUGCACCACCCACUCCCAGCCCCGCCCCGGCUCCGCCCAGCUCCGGCGUCCCGCCUCGGCUCCGCCCGGCCCGCCGCAGCGUCGAGUCGCGCGGGUCACGGGGACACGGGUCCGGUCGGGGCCGACGCGGAAGCGCCUGCUGUCCGCGACCGGCGCCUCACCGGCUCUGUCCAGCCCUGGUCCCAAGUGCCGAGGACGCCGCUGGUCAGUGUCAUGUGA